AUGAAGGCGAAGGGAGUGGGCGCGAUGAGCCCGCUGGACAUUCAGCGCCAGCCAGACCAGGCUCGCCAGGCCUUUGUCGACAACGUGAAUGCAAUGAAGCUUGCUGGAGUUAGGCCCAUGGCUAUCAGCGCAGUGCUGGGCGCUGCUAUUCCGAAGGAGUCAGGGGGUUGCAGAGUAUUCGGCCUCGUCCCGAUGACGCGAAAGCUUCGGGAGAAUGGUGCUUGCGACUUGUUCUUCGAGCGCGUGGUGCUCUUCCACGACCUCAUUCAGUUUUAUGACGCGGUGAGCUUUGUCUUGUUAGUGCAAGCUGGCUUGAACAGUGGAUUCCCGCCCAAUAUAUUCCUGCUGGAGGUUGGCAUGUAUUUUGCCCCUCGGCCCCCGAAGAAAGGCCAGGUGAUCUCGGAUGCGAUUGAUGUUGCCCGCUCUAUUGUCGCUGGUUCUGGGCAUUGUGUUCUCUUGGCCAAGGUGAUGCUUCACGGGCCGCUGGGCUCUGUGCACCGCCCGGUGCCCCCUGCGGGCUUGUGGAGCUACAUCGGCGGCGUCGCCAGCAGAGCGGAGGGGUCCAAGCAGAAGGUCAUCGCCGACAUGGAGGCCGCGGCAGAUGUCAUGGCGGCAG